UCUCGUCGCAUCUCGCACCUCGCACCUCGCACCCCGCACCUUGUUCACCGCCUGUCAAGGCAGCAGCUGUCCUUUACGCGCCGCCAAUCCUCGUUCGUCUGUCGUCUACGUCGUUCCCCCAGCGGGUCUGUGUCCCAGCAGCUGUUCGCGCACGUGUAGAGAGUAGAGCGGGCGUCCUUAUCGUCAUCGUCAGCGCACGCCAGGAACGAGCAGUCUCAGCACACGAAAAUUAUCCCUCGUCCGGCCUUGUGUCCAUCCCAGUCUUACGAAGCCCCGCUGCCUCUCACAGUCGCACGAUUUCUGACAGCACGGUCGUUCGAUAGAGCCCGAGACCAAGCACGAACACACACCCAUUCUCUAGCAGUAGAAGCACACACGCAAGAUGAACCAGAAACGGCCGCACCAGCAGUCAAUGUCGGAGAUGAAGCUGCGCCGGCUGACGGAGCACAAUGCGCGCCUGCGCGAGGACCUCGACCGGCCCCGGGUGCGCGUCUCCGAGGCGAGCAGCAGCCUGAUCCGCUUCACAAAGAGCACCCGCGACUACCUCGUCCCUAGCGUCUGGGGCCACGUCGACAAGAAGGAGGACCCGUACCAGCCCCACUCGGGCGGCUGCACCUGCUUGGCCAUGUGAGCUUUCCCCCGCUCCUCUUGCCCCCCAAGGCUUGUGGCGUGGUACACCUCACCUCUUCCCCUUUCUCUUCUCUCUCAUCACUGUCUGGGCUGUCACGUAGUCGACUCAUUCACUCUCAACCAAUUCAUUGAUAUCUGCGCUCUCACGAUGCACACUGCUCACGAUUU